AUGGGAUUCGAUCGUGUGUUAUUUAUCGAAGCUUCAAAGGGUAUUCAGUUGGAAGAACUUCGAAAACAGAUUGUUGAAAGGUUGAAUUUGGAAUCUUCUGCUGGUAAAGAAGGCAUCUUCAAUGUUUUAAAAAUUAGCAACUUUGUAUUGCUCUUGGAUAAUAUAUGGGAAGAAGUGGAUCUUAUUGAUCUUGGAAUUCCCCAUCCUUAUAGCGAUGAUAAUUCCACCAAACAAUACAAACACAAAGUGAUUUUCACUACUCGAUCUGAAGAUGUAUGUGCCAAGAUGGGUGCAGGAGAAAAUACCAUCAAAGUGGAAUGCUUGGAAUCAGAUGAAGCAUGGGAUCUUUUCAAGGACAAUGUAAAUCUAGCUGUUAUUGAGUCAGACGAAAAGUUGAAAAGAAAUAGCAUGGCAGGUGAUGGAGAAGUGUGGUGGUUUGCCACUUGCUCUGAAAGUGGUUGGUAA